AUGAUUUCCCGUCGUGACGUCUGCUUCUUCUUUCCCUCUCUCGGCAGUGAUCGUCGGAUCUAUAGGGUUGUAGAUCGAUCAGUUAUGGCAUACUCGUUAGAAUCCGCCAUUGAGAUUCUGAGAAGGAUAGUUCAUCUGAAGAUGGAUUGGAUGCAUAUGCAGAUGCAGCUUCUUUAUGAAUUGUAUGUGGAUCCCCUCACAUUAAUUUGGAUUCCAGAUUUGGAAGAAAUUAUGGUGAAUAUUGAAGAGGUGAAAAAUGAUAAAUUGAAGAAAAUAAGGAAAUAUUGACACGAAGACAUGAAAACGCUUUGAAAUUUAUAACAUUUUUUAUUUUUUAUAUUUUAUUUUGUAUCGAAUAAAAUAUUUGUACUAUUAUGUUUAUAGAUUAAUUAAUAAAUAUGAGAUUUGUUGUGAUUUA